GUCCACGUCAAAAUACAAUGAGUAAAUGGACAUUUUUUUCCCUUUUCAAUCUUGUUGUGUAUUUUUCCAAUACGAAUUUAUUCUUUUUGUUGAAAUCAACUUUCUAAUUACAUCAAUCUAAUGUUUUAAUCCACUCUGGCUUGUUUAUCGUGUACGCUUUGUUCUUCUUGACGGUCAAAAAAGAUACCUCGAACACUGGAUAACAGAGGGAUCGCUUCAGCUAUAAAAGGAUUUGAGUAGAAAAUGGAUUUGUUAGACUUGGAAAAAGUCUGUCGCGGAUGUUUGAGCAAGAAUGGGGAGAUGCGAAACCUAUACGGUUCGUGUCUAGAUAAAAUGUUGAUGACCGUAGCAGAAGUUCAUGUCGAAGUAGGCGAUGGAUUACCCGAGAAAAUGUGUGUCCAAUGUGUACUGCAAGUGAGCCGAGCCUUCACAUUCAAACAGCAAUGUGAACGAUCGGACACAACGCUUCGCUCGUACUUCCAAACCAUUCAGGAAUCGAUGGCGUCAACGGUGACCGUCAAUGAUGAGACAACGGGAACGCAAUCCGUCGAAGUACAAUUUCAAGAUCCGACGAAUGGCGAAAAGUGCUUUCUCGUUGUGCAACAGAUAUCGAUGAUGAACACCGACGACCUGGUUACGUUUUCCGACGACAAUAAAAUCGUUGGAAAUGUGAUCUGUCAGGAGGACGUUGUCGGUACGGAAACAAAUGAACCGAACGAUUCGUUGUCGGAUAUAAAUUUCGCCAAUGACGAUGUCAUCAAACUGGAGGAUUCGUCGUCGUUGGCUUUGGUUGACGUGGAAGAUUUGGAAUCUGAAAUUAUCACGGACAGUUAUGACACUUACUCGAAUGAUGACAGCGCUUCGAAUACCCAAAAUAUUAUUCUCACCGCUGACGAUGCAGUCACUGAAUUACUUUUCCAAACCGAGGAAGUUGCCGACGACAACACGUUUUCAGAACCCAUCGAAUCAAAGGAACAAGAUCAACAGCCACAAGAUGACACAUCAAUUAUGCCUGACGAAAAACCGCCGCCAUCACCGGAAGAAACGACAAAUCUUAGAUUCGCCUGCGAAUUUUGUCAUAAACGAUUUGCCGAAAAUAAAAUCCUGAAACGACACUUAAAGAUACACAGCCCGAACAAGCCGCACGUUUGUUCCGUUUGUAAUAUGUCCUUUGCGGAAAGUUCCAAUUUAACGAAGCAUAAGAAGAAACACACCGGCGAAUUGAGGAAUGUCGUGGGAAAACCGAAUUUAUGUUCCGUUUGUGGCAAAGGCUUCAAAUGGGCCAGUUCGCUGUCCAAACAUAUGAAACAUCACACAAAGCACAAAAUUUUGAAUUGUCCGUAUUGUCCCAAGUACUAUGUGGAGGCGAGAUCGCUCAACAUUCAUAUUCGUAACCAUACAGGUGAAAAGCCCUAUGUAUGCAACAUUUGCAAUAAAGGUUUUACGCAACUGGGAAACUUGGAGAAGCACACAAGGGUGCACACUGGCGACAAACCAUUCAAUUGUCCGAUUUGCAACAAAAAUUUCUCACAAAGCGGUUACGUGACAAUUCAUCUGAGGACGCAUACAGGUGAACGGCCCUAUCAUUGCUCAGAAUGUGGAAAGGGUUUUGCCGGGUCGAACACUCUAGCCAUUCACAAACGGACACACACUGGCGAACGAAAUUUUGGAUGCAACAUGUGCGACAAAACAUUUGCUCGUAAAGAGACAGCUGUUAUCCAUCAACGAACGCAUACAGGCUUAAAACCGCAUAUCUGCAAAAUUUGCAAUCGCGGUUUUGCAAGCUCAGGACAUCUGACCGGUCACAUGCGAUCCCACAGUGGAAUCAAAAACCAUGAAUGUUCAAUUUGCAAAAAGCGAUACGCUGGCGGAAAUACGUUAAAGGCCCACAUGAAGUCGCAUGACACAAAGGCACAGCUCACUAUUACUGAGAUUCUGUUACCGGGCAAUAUGGCUAUGAACGAGAAUGCUGACACGACAAUCAAAUCGGAAAUGUCGAUUGGACCGUGAACGACAGCCAUUUGUGAUGACAUUCCAUUCAUUUAAGUCCAUGUAGGAGAAAUGGUACACUCCAAGGUUCCUUAAGAAGAAAUACUCAAAACUUACUUCGACUGAUUUCGACGAAUAUUCAACAGAUUGUAAAGUGCGUGCAUGUAAAAACUGUGACAAAUUAAUAAGCGCCUGUGUAGCAACAAGAAA